AUGGCGUGCCAUCCCGUCCCGCGUACCCCCGCGUACCCCAACGCCGCGGCGCCGCUCGAAGACGAGUCGUUCUCGUCCACGUCCACAAUGGACUCGGACUACGAGAUCCCCGUCGCGCUCCAGCACCUGCACGUGUGGACGAACGAGCGCGUGUCGACGAAGGUCUCGCAGGCGCUGCAUACAAGAAUGAAGACGAUUUGCGAAUCCCAGUCGCUGCGGUUUAGCCUGCUCAUGGCUACAAAGUGGAAAAACAAGGGGUACCAUCCGUACAAACCGGACGCGUGGGGGUACACGACGUUGCACCGAGCUGCUAAACGAGGGGACGACGCGAUGAUUGCGUCGCUGCUUGCGAUGUACGACGGUCCAGCGCUGGUUUUAGCGUCCAUGAAGUCGCACAAACAGGAGCAAAUUGCACUGCACAUUGCUGCCAAGUACGGGAACCUCAGUGCCGUGCAACACUUGACAGCUCGAGAGUUUAAACCGCUCGUGAAUAUGCCGGAUCGCAAUGGCAAUACGCCUCUGCACUUUGCUGCGACGUGCUCGGGCGCGUCGGCAGCUCCGGUGGUGGCUCUGUUGCUGAUGCGGGGAGCAGAUCCGACGAUUAAGAGCAAGCGGGACGUGUUCCCGAUCAUUGCUCAUGUGCUGACGGCCCAGGACGGAGAUAAUCCUGAGAUUGUGCAAUUACUGAUGAAAAACGGGAGCGAUCCGAAUACUAUUGAUGGAGCAGGCAAUACGGUCUUGCAUAUUGCAGUGUCACAGGGCAUUUGA